AUUUUCAUCAAAUGGGCUUGAUAUUUCGUGUUUGCAUGUUUUAGCAUUCCCGAUCGCAAUAUUUGCGUUAGCCAACCCUAAAGUUAGCAUCAAGCCACAGCACCAAUGUGCCAUUUCUAUUCUGGCAUUCCAUGAGCAACAUCGAGAACGGGACGGCAUUGCAGCUACUGUGUGCAAAGCAGAACGCUUACUACAUUGAGGCCGUGCAGGACGCUCUGCAAGCGGAGGAGCAGCGCAAACAAAAAUUACAUAAGGCCAUCAACAAGCAAGAGGUCAAGCGACUCGAGAAGCAGUUCAUCCGUGAACGAAGCGCAGAUCGCGAUCGACUUCGCCACAUCCAAGAAGACCACGCAUUGCUGCUGAAUGCCAAAAUUGCCGAAUGGAAGGCGACUGGUGGAAUGGUGACACUUGCUCCUAACGAUACUAAACGAAAGAGUGCUGGGCGUCGAGCAGAAUGCAAACGGAAGCCACACAAGGUGACAUUCACGAAGGAGUCGCUGGAUCGCCUUGCUGUGCCUCGUGUAUCGACUGCCAAGACAGAGGACACAGAUGAUUGCCCUACAGCGUCUAAUUACAGAGGCAGCGCGCAGACUUCUCAAGAGGUCGAGUUCUACAAGAACGUAUACCGAAAGCAAGACCGCGAGCGAUUGGCACGCAACGCACCUCCAUCGCUUUCAACACUCACGGCUUCAAACCUCCACACGGUUCGUACAACCAUUGCAUUGAUCUAAUUCUAGCCCGAUUCAAAUUUUAUGUUUGUGAAAAGAUGUCGGAGACCGAGCUGCUUCGCAAGAAGGCGAAUCUGUUGUCGGAGCUGCACGGAGUGGUGUCGUUGGAGGCUCGCAUCAUCCAGGACGACCAGUGUACGAUCCGUUCGUCUGUGUCGAGCUGGAAAUCCAGCGGCUAUCGACCUCACAGAUAAAAUAUUGCAGUAGUAUAACAUCAGCGCAAAUAGGUACCACACAGACAUUGCGUCCACCUUCUUUAUGAAUAAGCCGUAGCUGCUGCAGUGGCCGAGUGGCGUGUCACUAUUCCUCUUCCUUUUGUGGUGGUGGUCCGCAAGGUUGGAGCAUUUUUUCCAACAUGUUGUAGCGCACACGGCCCAUGGACUCGUUCUCCGCCACAGCGAAGUACGCUAGCAUGUCUGAGUGACCCAAGUGAGACGCCAGUGUGUCGCGCUGCUGGUUCACUGCCCACUCACUACAACAGCAUCAUAAACAGUAAUUGCGAGUUAGCGAGUUAGUUGAGGAGUCAUUAUUACAACGUCCGAGCGACGCACAAUUUGGUCGUGUCAGCGUGGCCCGUUCCCACAUAUUUGGCCUGUAGGUGCUCCCACUGCCGGUUGAUGUUGAAGCGAUCUGCCGCCUAGCAAGAACGAAGUGCACACGAAGCAGAGAAGCGGGUUACAUGUAGCACAGCGCAGACGCAGCGUACAGAUCCACGCACCAUUUCGAGUUAGCACUCCUGGACGCAAUUGGUUGAAAAGAAAAGGAAACUUAAUUGAUGUGGUCCACUUAAUAGUAAAGCUGUAAUGUCAAAAUUUGGUCUAGUG